AGAACCCGCGGGCAGCGGGCCACGGCCGCCUAACUCCCGCCGCCGGUGCUUGUUUAGGUGCUGCGGUGGCGACUGCUCUGGUGGCGCCAAGGCCGAGCCCCCAGGUGGAGGGAAAGCCCCGCCGGCGCCGCCUUCGUGGUGCGGCUCGGUGUCGGCGGCCCCUGCAGCGGUCCGGGACGUCUCGGUGGAUGUGCGCAUUACCAGGGUGAGGAUGCGGCUCUUCUACCAGCUGCUCAAGCAGCCAGUGCCCAAGCAGAUCGAGCGCUACUCCCGCUUCUCUCCGUCACCGCUCUCAAUCAAACAGUUCCUGGACUUCGGUAGAGAUAAUGCAUGUGAAAAAACUUCAUACAUGUUUCUGCGCAAGGAGCUUCCUGUUCGACUGGCUAACACAAUGAGAGAAGUUAAUCUUUUGCCGGAUAAUUUGUUGAACCGCCCUUCGGUUGGAUUAGUUCAGAGUUGGUACAUGCAAAGCUUCCUUGAACUUUUAGAGUAUGAAAACAAGAGCCCAGAAGACCCACGCGUUUUAGAUAACUUUCUCCAUGUUCUGAUUAAUAUCAGAAACAGACACAACGAUGUUGUUCCUACAAUGGCCCAAGGCGUGAUAGAAUACAAGGAAAAGUUCGGGUUUGAUCCAUUCAUUAGCAGUAACAUCCAAUAUUUCCUGGACCGUUUUUAUACCAACCGCAUUUCUUUCCGCAUGCUCAUUAACCAACACACACUUCUCUUUGGUGGGGACACCAAUCCUGCGCAUCCUAAGCACAUAGGGAGUAUCGAUCCUACCUGUAAUGUAGCUGAUGUGGUGAAAGAUGCAUAUGAAACAGCCAAGCUGCUUUGUGAACAGUAUUACCUGGUAGCUCCGGAGCUGGAAGUGGAAGAAUUCAAUGCCAAAGCACCAAACAAACCUAUUCAGGUAGUUUAUGUGCCGUCACAUCUGUUUCACAUGCUAUUUGAGCUGUUCAAGAACUCAAUGAGAGCAACAGUUGAACUACACGAACAUAGGAAGGAGGGCUACCCAGCUGUCAAGACUCUCGUUACUCUCGGCAAAGAAGACUUGUCCAUUAAGAUAAGUGACCUAGGUGGUGGAGUCCCACUUCGAAAAAUAGACCGCCUUUUUAACUACAUGUAUUCAACUGCUCCUCGCCCCAGCCUGGAGCCUACAAGAGCAGCUCCCCUGGCUGGAUUUGGUUAUGGCUUGCCAAUUUCUCGACUGUAUGCCAGAUAUUUUCAGGGAGAUCUAAAACUGUACUCCAUGGAAGGAGUGGGUACUGAUGCUGUCAUUUAUCUGAAGGCCCUUUCUAGUGAAUCAUUUGAGAGGCUGCCCGUUUUCAAUAAGUCUGCAUGGCGCCAUUACAAGACAACUCCUGAAGCUGAUGACUGGAGCAAUCCAAGUAGCGAACCCAGGGAUGCAUCAAAAUACAAGGCUAAACAGGAAAAUUCAAUUCCCUUUUACCCAUUUUUUAAGGGACAAGAUGAAGACUAAUAGAACUUUCUAGAAAGCCGAGUGCUGUGGUCGUCUCUGAAGAAAGAUUAUCUUCUGCAAGUUAACCAGAGACCCUUAUUCUACCAACUCUUAACCGUGGCACUAUUGUUAUCCCUAGUGCUUGAAUUUGUUGCUUCCAUUGUAUUGGCUUAAGUGUUUCCAUGGAGUCCUUCCUGUAAUCAACUCGUAUCUUCCGCUAAAGUUGUAACCUGAGCAAUUUUUCAUGGUGACUUUCUGUGGCAUCAUUUACACCCAUCACAAAAGAGCACAGAGCCUCCUAGCGCUCUUGUAGCCUAGAAUCUGUAUCUUGUCAUGGAGUUUAGUGUCUGAAGUCUUCCCACGAUUAUGAGCUCCUUCCUCAUUCCAGAUACAGCAAUCCUACCUGUUACAGUUUAUAACCUCCAGCUAGGGCCUGGGGAGUCUGGGAGUGGAAGGCAUCAGUGGAGUACAUCUUGAAAAUUCAGUGCCAGGGUUCUUCCUGUCCUGUAUAUACAUUCCCUCUUCACUCUCUGAUUUAGACUUUGCCUACUUCCAUCUGACUGUAUUCUCAGUGUGAGGUGUGGUACUUUUGUGUUAGAACCUAUUCGUCUGUGUUAUUUUUACUUUGAAGUUCAUUUGCAUACUUCUGUUCAUUGAUUAAAGCCCUCUAAAAGUUGUCUUGGAAUUUCUCACUUAACACCUUCAUUUAAAAGAUUUUAAGUGAAAAACUACCUUCUGGUCAACAUCAGACUUUUAAAGAGUGGGAAGUGCAGUUGUGUGUCUCUGUGAAAGCUUCUCUAACCAUUACUGUUUGUUUGCCAUAUGAAAUUCCUCUUGUAGUCUUCUUAGGAACUAGAAGUCCUGUGCGAUGCCCUUGAAUCACUGUAACACAGAUUGUCAGAGGCAAACGUUUUAGUUGAGUUUGAAAACUAUUAGAGAUCUUGAUAAUUUUCAUUGUCAUUACUUGUUGCCAGUUUUAGAACUAUCCACUCAAUCUGAUUUUUGUUUUUUGAGACAGUUUCUCUGUGUAACAGCCCUGGCUAUCCUGGAACUCACUUGUAGACCAGGCUGACCUCAAACUCACACAGAUAUGCCUGCCUCUGCCUCCCAAGUGUUGAGAUUAAAGGUGUGUGCUACCACUGCCUGGUCAUCAAUCUGAUUUUUAUAAUCCCCUUCGCUGAAAGUUAGAAGUAGGAAUUAGCACAGGACCUGUGGUAAGGAAAGAGAAAUGAUGUGAUAUUUAUCCUUAAUAAUAGAGGCUGAGAGUCUGGAGUCAAACCAGUAUCUAGCUUAUUCAGGUCCCUGGUAUGUGUUUCUCUGUUCAUUAUAAUUUUUCAUGUGCAUGUCAGCUCCUCUUGAUUACUGCUUUCAUUUACUGUAUGUAUAAAUGUUUCUGUCCAGUUUUUCAGUAUGGAAUCCAGAUUUAGAAGUUUUAGUUGAUAACCAGGCAUGGUGGUCCACACCUGAAAUCUCAGGACUCCAAAUGUUUAGGCAGGAUGAUCAUGAUCAUAGCCUGGGCUAUGUAACAAGACUUCCCCUCAAACAAAGUUUUAACUUGUAUUGCUACAUCGUUAUCCACUGCCACCACAGUGAAGGCCUUGGCCUCACAGUUUUGCUCAGACUUAGCUGAAGUUGGCUCAGUUGUAACUUCGUUUUCUCUGUGUCACACAGCAUCUGAUUUUCUUUCAGUUCCUGGUACUACCUGAGUUCCUGGUAGCUCCUUUUUGUCUUUAUAAACACCUCAUUACAGAGCUGACAUAGUCAAACAAAAGAAAUGUUGAUAAACUUUUAAGAAACUGGUGAGAGAGUCUCAUUGCUCACAGGGCUAAGUCAGUAUCUUGAUGGGUAAGCUAUAUGACUAUUUUCUUGUAAGGAAAAGCUGUGAGAAUGAUGGUCCUUUACAUUUAAAGACCCUGGCUGCCUUAGAAACGCCAGAUAGGAUGUCCAUAUCUUGCUGAGUCUCAGUUCCAGUCCUCCUCCUUUACACUUGCAAGUUUGACUGUAGGAGAAAGGCGGCAACCGAGUCAUAUUGUGGCAUCGAUCACCUUGCUCCAGCUCUGUUUCUGGUGUUUGAGGGCUGCCCAUUGAUUGUCACACUCCCACCACAAAAACCAUGUGGGAGUUGGUUAUGGCACAGAAAAACCUUGUCAUGUUCUUUUAAAGUCUUUCUGAAAAGCUAGUUUUUGUUUAAAUGCCUUAAGGAUUGAACCCACAGUCCUUCGCUAACUCUUGGGCUUAAUUCAUGUCCAUCUAAGCCCAGUGCAUUCCAGCUGUUCCUGCCUUCGUGUCAUCAAUCAUUUAACCUCAGCCCUAAACCAACCCUAAGGAGAGUUUCAGGAACAUCCUGCAUUCUCCAAGUUGAUUCUCCCCUCAACUGGAGCAUUGAUGGAUCCUUUCUGCUGACGGUGCCUGAUCCUCUGAGCUUAAGCAUGGCUCUCUAGCUCUGUGACCUUCUAGAUAUAUUACAAAUUAACAUUGACCUGCUUUCAGCAGAAUUCUUCCUCAUUUCUCUGUAAUGCCCUCCAAUUUACACUCUUAUUUUAAGUAUUUGGGAGCCAUGUAUAUUAUUUGAAACAGUACCUGGCACACGGUAGGUACUUAAUAGGUAUUUAUUGAGUCAAAGGAUGAAAACUGAUAGAAAUCUGCAGUGGUGGGUGUGGAAACAUCUUUCUAAGUUCUUCAGAUAUCCCUAACUUCAAGUUGGUAGUGGUUCAAGUCAAGAGCUGUGGCAGUAUACUGGAUUUCUUCUUAUAGUACUAAGAGAUGGCUUUAAAAUGUAGAGAAGUGACCAAAUUAGAAAUGGAUCACAAGAGCCAACUGAUUCUUUCUGUCUCUGAAUAUCUGGUUUUGAAUUCAUAAUCCAAGGGCUUCUUUCUAUCUAGUGACAUGAUUUUAUAGCCGCUCUUAGAGAUUCCAAAGAACUUAGCAUCAGCACCCAUGUGAUCCUUACAGUGCCAGGAGGCAGACUAUGCAAAGUAGCUUUUCUUUUUCAUCUGAAUUCCAAAGCAGUUAAGUGACUUGCCAAGGAGACGUGGCAAGUGAGUAGCAGAACCAAAAACAGUGCUUGGGGCUUCCUGUUCCUAGGCCAGUGCUCUGAACGAUAUGUCAAGUGGUUUAGAAUGGUCUCUUUAGAGGAAUUCUUGGGCAUAUUAAUCCUCGAGGAUGAUCAGUAAAUCAGCAGUUUUCUGUAAUGCAAGGCAGUUACACUCAGGACAAGUUUCCUUUGGUGUGUUUCCAUUCCGGCACAGUUAGAGGAGACAAGUGGAUUCAGCAGCUUUUGCCUUGUAAAGCAGACAACUUCAGACUAGUGUAGGUCAUGACUAGAGUUUAUAUGCGAAUGAGAUCAGUGCUUGCUGCCAGCCUUUUUGUAAAAGCUUCUACAUUUGUGUUUUGGUAGACUCAAUUACAGACUCGAUUAGAUGCUCUUGCACGUUCUUUCUAUUGCCGUUACUUACAAUAAUAGCUCGGCUGCCUAUCAGAACCUUGGAUCACAUUCUUUCCCCUACAUUAUCCACCCCCACACCCCCUGCCCAGACAGUUUCUCUGUGUAACGGCCCUAACUGUCCUGGAACUCGCUUUGUAGCCCAGGCUGGCCUCCAACUCAGAGAGAUCCACCUGCCUCUGCCUCCCGAGCGCUGGGAUCAAAGGCGUGCGCCACCACCGCCCGGCUUUCCCACUGCAUUCUUUAGAGACUUUAUUGUUUAUAUCUGCUGGUGCUCUGAAGCCCUCGAGUACAGAUGGGUUUUUCUUUCCAUUUUGUAAACUACUUGCUUCCUUGGCAUGGUUGCAUGUUUAUCCUUGAUAUUUUGUAACUUCAUUUCAGUAGAGCUCAAGGUUGGUAGUUGUCUGUUGGCUUUUCCUGGUGCACAGUGAGCUCCAGUCACAUAUUGGGCCUUAUUACAUUUUGUAUCAUUUUGUACUGUUGUGUUCUUCAGAAAUGUGGUUCUCUCUCAGCUUGGUGUUACCCAUCUUUCACGUUUAUCUUUCGUAUGCCUUUCAUCUCCGUGUCUUCCUUCAGGUGUGAUUUCCACCCCUUGGGUCUUAUCCUCCGUUCCACCAACUUGUUUUCUCUACUGGUUUGUUUGUUUGUUUGUUUGUUUUUCUAGGCCUCAUGGCUUGCUUUCACUUCUGUCAUAUUCGCAUUUUUUUUUUAAAUUUACAUCUCUUAGCUCAUAUGUUAGUCCUCUUUGAUGCCUUAUGUCUUUGAGGACUAAGCUGUUUGGUCUCAAAAUUUCAGGGUUUCUGAAAUCAUUUUUUUUUCCAGAAUGUAUUUGUGUAUCUUUUGCUUACUCUGUCAGGCACACUCCUGGAGACCAUGCUGUGGGCUUGUGGCUCUUAUUAAUUUCAUCAUAGAUCAUUUUUUUGCUCAGUUUUUAGACAUGUGUGCUGGCCAGGGGGGAUAGAACACUUACACAAACAUAUAUUUAUUCUGCUGACUUUCCCGGUGGUCCAGAUGCUUAAACAUUGACUUUCAAGAUAAUGUCCUUCAUAAUCUAUAUGUUAGUAAACAGAAGGAACCGAUAUCGCCAGCAGGGGAGCACCAUUAACGGUUUAAUCAAUGAAGGAGUUUUGUUUGCUGUUCUGGAUGAAAAGAUAACUUUUAACUCCAGUUCCUGUCACACUGAUUAGAGAAAGCGGUACCUUCUGGUUGGAAAAUAGAUGGGACAUGGGAAAUUUUAAUGAACUUGAGACCUUAUCAGCCAUUGACAAUGAUUAAUUUGUUAGUUAAAUAUGGCAGAAUACUUCAAACUAGGGCAUAAUCAGAGUUAUCAAGAGAAGUAUAAGCUUGUUUUAUUAGUAGUUUGUAGGCCGCCUCACUGAGGGUGUUGACCAUUCUAAGAGCUUCACUGUGACAUGUUUUCUGUCUUUUCAGUCAACCAUUUUAAAAUGUGGUUCAUUAAGAAAUAGAAAAUUCUGUUGGUCCUGCUGAUAUACAUACCCCUGUAAUCCCAGCAUGCAGGAGGUAAAGGCUGGAGCAAAGUGUAAGGCCAACCUGGGCUACAUAGUGAGAACCUGUGUGAAAAGAAAGGAGAGGGAGGAAGAGGGAGGGGAAGAAUAGAACAGGAGAAGAGGGGAGGGAGGAUGUAAAGAGAGAGGCAUGAAGGCUUCGUUAUGGUUUAUUCUUGUGAUUGUAGUUUGUAGGUCUGGGGCCCACCACAGAAGAACACGGGGUAAUGCUAUGAAAGUGUAUUGGCAGGUAGAUCAUGGGGUAAGGGCUUACUUAGAAUGCUUGUAGAACUGAAAGCUCCUUGCCUCAGUAGCCAGACAGUCUAGUAGACAUCAGCAGCAGCAGCAGCAAACUUUAACUUCCCAGCUCCCAUCCCAUAGUCAAGGACCACAAAAGAUAGCCUUGCAGCAUCCAGUGAACUGUGCAAGGCUGAGCAGUCAUUCCCUGAGGUCAGUCUGCCUUGCACUGCGCUGUUGUGAAAUAGAUGAUCGGACACAGCUGUCCUCAGCUAAGGGACACCAGAAGUGAAGGAGGCAGGUAGAGGAGUCAUGGGAAAGAAGAUGGGGUUCGGUCUUCGGUUCCAACAAUACAUUGUUCUACCACGUGCUAGAAACGACACUCACUGCUGGCCAUGUGACGGUGAUGAAAGCAGAGUGAACCCCUGCCCCGUGAACUCCUGUCCUAGUAGGGACAAGAUAGAGUCAUUUCCUGCUUCACUCAGAGCACGUGCUGUGGGGAAAAUGAAAGACUUCAGUCUCAUAAAGGACCAGGGGUAUUCUUCAGAGAAGGCAGUGUUCAUGAUUUCCCGUUACUGUCUCCUUUUAUCUCUCCGUCUGAAGUGAGAGUCUGUCUUCUGUGCUUGGCUCUUCACUCUACCCUGUGGGGUCCCUGCUGAGGUCCUCGUACCACAGCGUCUAGUAGAGAAUGGGACUGAGCCAUUCCAGUCAUUGUCUCCCACCAGCAGGGAGUGUGGUCAGCUGAGAGGGGCCAGCUUUCACCAUCAGAUCUCACCACAGGUUCGGGCACAUCUUUUUAGGACUUCACAAAUGCCCAUUUAAGGACCAGUGAGAUGGUUGAGCUAGUAAGGGUGCUUGCCGUCAAGACUGGCGACUGAGGUCAGCCUUCAGGUCCCACGUGGGAGAAGGGGAGAACCAGCUGCUGCAGGUUGUCCACCAACCUCUGCACAGAUGCUGUGGCACAUGCAGUCUCGCACACUAAAUAAAUGUAAUAGUGUCUUAGUCAGACGCUUAGAAGUAUCUGGCUAAUGAGGCUAGAGUUAAAAUUGCUGCUGCUCAGGAGGGGGUCCUGUUUAACACGUCAACUCAUUGCAGAGGUGGAGGAAGGGGAUCCAAGAAGGCUUCCCUCUGAAAUCUGCCAGUUGAUAGCAGCUAUGUUCACUUGCCAAGAUGACGGUGGUAUUCCAGCCACAGAAGUCUGGAGGAACCUCUACUUCCCUAUUUCUGUUGCCGAAGUAGUGACAUGAAUUCCUCCUGUCUGCACGGUAGUUUGAAGUGGCUGCAACAUGGGCUGUCAGCUGGUGAAUGCCACACAGCUCCCUGGCGGAAUUCGCUUUCCCUCAGAGGGAAUAUUAGAGGUCCAGUGGGGACUUGUUCUCCAGGCCCACCUCUCUGACUCCUUGGGACAGAUCUGAGUGCCCCAGCAGUGAGGCUUUCCUGAUUCGGGAAGGGGAUAGAGUGUCCCCUUUAAUAGUGUCCAUAGGUCCAUCCAAUUCCCCACCCUUUAAACUGCCUGGUUUUCCAUCGACAGACUCACCUUAGAGCAUCGGGACUGAAAGUCUGCAGGUAUUUGGUAGUUCUGUUCCUGUAUUAAAGGAAAGCACGCCUCAUCUCACACUAUGCUUUGAGUGUUUUAAUGAAGUCCAAAUAGGCCGUGUGUGCAGUUUGCUGUACAGAAAUUUACCCCGAUUGCUGAACUGACCCCAGUACUCAGCACGCUCGCUCCUUAAGUGUAGGUGACGAUAGGCACAGUACCAACCAGUUCCAAGUGGUGACAUCAGCCUUUGAUGGAGGUCUGUCCACAAGCCCUUGGAAGCGAAAGGAAAUAAAGCUUGAUGUGUGGAGUCUCGUGGUCCAGUUAGGACGAUUGGGUUUUGGCUGAGACAUUUAAAAACCACUAGAGAGUUGAGAUGGGAAGAACAGAUCUGGGAUGUGUACAGUGAAAGAGUAUGAACUUAACCUGAAAAAAAGUCUCUCUUCUAGAAAUCUCUCAGUGACAUUUGUAUUAAUCAGGCAUAAUUAAAUGUAGUUAGGUUUUUGUCAGAUUGUAGUUCAAAAUAAUAUUCAUCUAUGGAGAGGGUAAUAUAUUCUGUAGAAAUUUUAUUAAGCGUUUUAGUUAAGCAAACAGUAAGGAGAACAAAAUCAGCCUCAGGAAGGUUAAUUACUAAAAACACAGAGGAUAGUAGAUUAUGUAAAUCAUUUUAAUUUUGAAUACCAUGGCUUGGGCUUUAAUUUACAUAGAGAGGUAUUUUGGAUUUGUUUUUCACAUUCUAUUUUUCAAAAGUACCAAAUUAUACUUGCAUUCUUUAAAAGUUCUAAUCACUCCAGGCUUCCAUUAAGCUUGCUCUAACUUUUUCCUAUUAUAGUUUGCAAAAAUGAAGAGUUACACUUUCCUUCCAGUGAAUUCUCUUAGGAUUCUACCUCGUUUGUGUAAAUGAUGAGAACUAUGUGUUUAGUUCUUUAUCGAACGGUGGCUUUAAAGGAAGUAUCGGGAGAGCAUGUAAGAAAGAUUCAUCUCAAGCGUGCCUUCCUGUGAGUGCUCACUUGAAAUUUAAAACAAUAAGAUGAAACUUAGAUCAAAUUGUUUUCAGAUGUUAUCUCUUUCUGAGUAAAGGCUUUUCUCUCACCUUGCCUGUCUCAGGGAAUGGCUCUGAUAGGAUCUGCAACUGUUUUGUUCAGAUAUGGUACUCGUCUAAAUUUCCCAGGGAGAGUUUCAAAGGUAUUGUCAUCUCAGCAAUAUAAGCUUACCCUUUUCGAAAGAAGUGACACCCAGAUUUCCUUUGUGUAGGGUGGAGGUGAGAUUUUCAUAGACACCCCCCCCCCCGAAGUUUGGUUCUGUUUGGCCAAUUGUUUAGUAACUUUUCAGUGAAGGCUCGAUACUCAUUUGGAACUGGCUCCUUUUGAGGUGGUAAGCUUUCAGUUAAAAGAACACCCCAUUAAGUAAUUCUGACUUCCUUUAAAAGUGCCUAUUAAUUUCAAUGCUCUGGAUAACUUUUGCAGAUGUCAGAGAUCCUGUAUGUGCGGUAACUAAGCAAUGCUGGCCCUGCAGUUUGCUCAGUUAAAAGAUGCCAGAGUCUGGCAGGUGGGACUGGUCUAACUGCUUCCAAUUCAACUUGACAUCACAAAUUAAUUGAAAAUGGCACAGUUCCAACAGAAUGCAUAUUAAUAACAGAACUACAUUCUGUUUAAAAUGAUCUUACCUUCAGAUUCUUGAUAAAGAAGAAAUAAAAUAUUAAUGUUCAGUAUAAACUGUUUUGAAUAUUGAUGCAUGCUAGCCUCAAAGAAAUUGUGAAAGUUAACUGUGAUGAUUGACAGUUAUCAUUUAGCCAUGCUGAACGUCAUAUCCAGAAAGGUUGUGGACUCAGGGUUAGUAUCAAAUGUGAUAUUGUUUACAUUGUGACAUCCCUUUCCCCUAAUUUCCAUUUCCUUUUUGUCAUUCAAACUAUUUUGAGAAGCUUCAGUCUUUAUUUUUGAAACUAAAAAUCCUUAUAUAUUUUUAGGAAGAACUGGCUCAUGCCUUUAACUUAAAUGUUGAACUUACUAUCCCACAUCUUGAAUUAGGAUGUGUAAGCCUAUUGGCAACUGAAGCCUGUCACUGUAGGGAUAUGAGAAGACUUGAGACUGUCGGCCACUAAAGAGGGACCAGGCUGGAUCGUGCAGCCUCACUUGGCAAGUCCUUUUGGGAGGCAGAAUUUUCCCCGCUGUUGAUCCAGCAUGAAAAGGGAAAUAGAAGGCACAGUCUAGAAGGCCCCGGAUCUGCUCCCUUUCUUGUCGGGGGUUUUCUAUAACUUCCUGGGUAAACCAUCACAACAUCAUUUGGGUCCUUUUCACAUCAAAAAGUUCCGCUUAGAGGGGACACAUGAUUUAGACCAAUACACUUUUUUGAGACUACUAAGUGUAUGGACUCAGGUGGACAGCGAAGGCAAAGUUUACCUACAAUGUAUAAAGCACUGAGUGAUUUCAAAUUUGCAAAGGACCUGGGCUAGGGAUGUAGCACAGCGGCUGAGCACUUCGGAGGCCUGCCUUCUACCCCAGCAUUGAAACCAGAGGAAACAAAUGACUGUGAAUUAUACUAAGUGUUGCAGGAAUUGGCUCCUAUUGUCCCCACAGCUUCCCUUUUGUUCAUUGUUCCAGAUGCUUCUCUCUUGACUCUCUCCUCAGAAUUGGAGCUCGAGUUGUGCUUGAGCCAGUCCUGGACAAGGACACUUUUAGAAGAAAGGGCUGGCUAACCCUAAUCUCUGCUGAAUCUGUGCUUUGACUUUAUUUGAAAUCAUAAUUGCUGCUUAUGGUUUAUAAACAGCGCAUUUGCUGUUCCAAUUUCCCACCCAAGUGCUUGAAAUGAAACUUUCCUUAGAACACAACUUUGGAAUGCCUAGGAGAUGCUUGAACUAGGCGAAAGGUGUGAGUGAAAAGUUCAACACUUUGCCAGGUUCUCUUUGUAACUCCUUGACUUAUUAGUGUUGUCUAAAUGGAAUAAUUGCUGGUUUGAUAAGAGACAAAUAUUAACUUACACAUGUAAUAAAUGUCCAUGGCAGUCUGUGCCCAUAAGUUCAAGUCUGACCUGAUUCACUCCGUGCCUCUGUUGACUUAGUCCCGGUGAUGAAUGUACACACAUGUCCACAGUUCCCAAGCAACCUUGUGUUUCGUAGAAUGAAGCUCAACCCCAUAAGUUAUGCUGUCAUGAAUGAAGAAUGACUAGAUGGGGUCAUUUGUCACUCUGGGUUCCACAGACAGAAGUGUGUUGUGACUGUUGGAAAAGCACAACCGGAGACCUGUGUGACUUGGACCACGCUCCUCUUGAGUUGCUGAGCAAUGUUGUUUGUCAUAACCAGACCUCCCCUGCCUCACACGGGCAGUUCUGUACCCUGGUAACCAGAACAAUAAAGCGGCAGUUGUUUCUCACG